ACAUCGAAUGCUGUGUGCGUUUAAAAAGCCUGUCGUUGUUUAAUAUCUGGCCGGUGCAAACUGGAAUUCACAUUGAAGAGACCAAGGAAAUGACGCAUUGGCUGGUGCAUCCUCUGCGCGGCUGGCUGGCGUUCUUGUCGCUCACAAAUUUGGGCACCGGUCUUCGAUGCCUCUGGGAGGAUAACUUCCUGCAGCAAAGGAUCUUCACCAAGCUGAAAUGCGCUGACGGCAUCCCAGGAUGUCCAGAAGUGGAGAGAAUGUUCGGCUUCUGGUCGAUAUUCAACGCCCUGCUGUUUAUGCAUUGCAGCCUUUUUAUCGAAGAGCCACCUGUCUUCUCCAUGACCGUGUGCUCUCUGGCGCUCUACCUCGGCUACUUCGGCAACGAAUUGAUCAUGCAUCGAUCCAUAUCCAAUGGAGGAGCGGCUUUCUUCCCCAUCUUCUUGAGCGCACUCACGAUGACCUGGCUGCUGGUCGCCUGGAAGUUUAUCCGGGCCCCCCGUCGGGACGAUGACGCUGACGAGAACGAGCAGCUGGCCGAGCGCCUAUCCCUCCACAGCUUGCGGAGGCAGAGGAGAAGCAAGCACUCCUGACCGGCGGCGUAUGCUUUCGUGCGGGAUCCUGCGCGCUACCCGAGAUCGCGCCUCAACUCUUUGCACCGCGAUUGACGUAGCGCCUAUGCGCGGCUUAGAGCAGGCCGUUAAUUAUUCCGCGCGACGUAUACUGCUGCCGUUAGGCCUAUCGCGACGCGGACGAUAUGGCUGCCCACACGAGUCGUCAUUAUCAUCAUCAUCAUCAGCCUAUAUUUUAUGUCCACUGCAGGACGAUUAAGGCCUCUCCCUGCGAUCUCCAAUUACCCCUGUCUCGCGCUAUAGCCGAUUCUCAAUUUCCACCUGCAAAUUUCCUAAUUCCAUCACCCCACCUAGUUUUCUGCCGUCCUCGACUGCGCUUCCCUUCCCUUCACACCCAUUGUGUAACUCUAAUGGUCCACCGGUUAUUUACCAUACGGAUUACAUGGCCUGCCCAGCUCCAUUUCCUUCUAUUAACGUCAACUAGAAUGUCCGCUAUGCCCGUUUGCUCUCUGCUCCACACCGCUCUCGUCCUGUCUCUUAACUUUACGUACGCGUAACAUUUUUCGUUCCAUCGCUCUUUGCGCGUUGCUUAGCGUGCUCUCGAGCUUCUUUGUUAACCUCCAAGUUUCUGCCCCAUAUGUUAGCACUGGCAGAAUGCAAUGAUUGUACACUUUUUU